CCUGCUGGGGCACUUCCUACUUCCUCGCUGUGUUCAGGAUGGAUGCAAAGAUCUGGCUUAGAUGCCCCCAGCCGGAAGUGCCCUGGGACUCAAGGCAAAGGAGCUUCCGGUGGACCCAGGAGUAGACGGCAUCACUAUGGCGGGCGCCUUGGCUGGGAAGAAGAUUGUGUUUGUGACGGGGAACUCCAAGAAACUGGAGGAGGUCAUUCAGAUUCUAGGAGAUAAGUUUCCAUGCACUUUGGUGGCUCAGAAAAUUGACCUGCCGGAGUACCAAGGAGAGCCAGAUGAGAUUUCCAUCCAGAAGUGUCAGGAGGCGGCUUGCCAGGAAGAUAAGAGAGUAGCUGAGGGCUGUUGCCUGUGGCUCUUGAUGGACCUCCAUCUGUUGCUGCUGCAGAUCCCAAGUAGCCAUGGGCCUGGCUGGAGUUCAGGCAGGGAUGGGGCCUGCUGUGGUCCCUGGGCCUCAGGGCUGCGUGUCCUUGUGCUGCAGGUGCAGGGGCCUGUGCUGGUGGAGGAUACCUGUCUGUGCUUCAAUGCCCUCGGGGGACUCCCUGGCCCCUACAUAAAGUGGUUUCUGGAGAAGUUAAAGCCUGAAGGUCUCCACCAGCUUCUGGCCGGGUUCGAAGACAAGUCGGCUUAUGCACUCUGCACGUUCGCACUCAGCACUGGGGACCCCAGAGAGCCUGUGCGCCUGUUCAGGGGCCGGACCUCGGUGAGAACCCACUCUUGGCCACCUACCUGGAUGCCGUACCCCAACAUGUCACCAGAGGGAGCUGCGACUCAGAGCAGAUGCUCCAGGGUCAUCAGCAGGAUGGGCCAGAUCGUGGUGCCCCGAGGCCCCCGGGACUUUGGCUGGGACCCCUGCUUUCAGCCUGAUGGAUACGAGCAGACUACUUACAUGGAUGUGGCUGUGGAGCACCUGAAACGUGGUUCCUGCGGCCGAGGAACUCAGUGUAAUCAGCUACACGUGGCUAGUGGCUCCCGUAUUGGACAGCGCAGGUCUGAAGUGCGCAGGUACGCAGAGAUGCCCAAGGCCGAGAAGAAUGUCAUCUCCCAUCGUUUCCGGGCCCUGCGUGAGCUGCAGAAAUACUUUGACAGCCUGAUUCUCCCUGAAGCCAGAGGUGGCCCCUCAGAACUGGGAUCUGGGGAGAACUAACCUGAAACCUUGCCCAUCAGCAGGUACCCCUCAAACCAUUCCCUGAGAGGGGUACUGCUUCCUGGGGGUGUUGAGGCAGCCUCCCCAGUCCUAUCUGGAGAAGCAGCUGGUUCUGCUUAGAGAAACUUUGGGCAAGGGACACCAUUUCUCUUGUCUCAGGGACUCAGUGACCUCCCCCACAGUCUUCAUGCCUAGGAUCCUGAAGAGACCUUGGGUGUUAAAACUGGCCUUGGCAGGAUUUAGGGUUUGGGGGAGAAUCACACAAAUAGUUAUUUUUCAAAUACAGCAAAUAAAAAUUCUGGGAGGAGCUUGCUUCCAAAAUAAACUGGAUUCAUCUGCUUUUUGAAACCCGCCCUAGCAGAUACCUGUCUCCUGAGUCCAUUUUGGCAGGUGGCAGGAGGCCUUUCAGGUGGGGCAUGAGUGGGCAGACGGGCAGCACUGUUGGGGGUGCUCGCGCACCCAGGCUAGCUGCAGUGUUACAUCUUCUCCACCUGCAGUCUGAGAAAUUCUUCAAGUCUUAGAUCAUGGGAUGACCUUUUCCAUGCCGGGUCUGCUGCCCACCCACCUAUCAGGUGAUGCUACUGCUUGGCUGACCUUAGUGGUCUUGGCUCAAGGUGGGGGUGGGGGGCAGUGUAGGAUGUCCGGUGCUUUUGCUUUACACUGUUUUAUCUAGAGCAGCUAAAAUGUUGGCUUAUGAUCAUACAGCCAAGUUCAUUUUUAUGAUUUUGUGUGUAUGGGAGGGGUGGGAAUGAGUGCUUGACCCCAGUUGGGUUGACAUACCAUGGUUAACCAGGGGACUACAGGCCCCUCAGGAGGCCUGGGUAAGGUGCCCCAGACCCUCACUGGGCCUUGGUGAGGAGCCCUUCUCUGGGAGGAACUUACAGGGGCCCACGGUGGCUCCCUUGCCUUUCCCGCUGGCGAUGCUUCUGGCAGGAGGUGCCCCACCCCAAGGACAGAAAAGUCUGUUGUGUUCAGCAGGUCAGGGUGGGUGCCGUUGAAUGCUGGGGGUCACUCCCAGGCUUCCACCUGUGCUCACAGGCAGCUCUGGAGAACUUCUUCUCCAGCUGCUGUUCUCAAUCCUGACAAGAUGGCCCAGGGCCCAGGUCUAAAGGCUGUGAGGUCCGUUACCUCCCCUAAAUUGCCUUAACGCACGAGGGCAAGGACAGGACAUCAUCCCUUUGCUCCUCCUGCCUGUGAGGCCCCACUGGGUGGUUUCCCCAGGAAGCGCCAGUGCGUGUGCCCAGCCUCCUCUGGGUGGUUUCCUUGGUGGGCCUGUGAUGUCUGCAGGGGCUCAAACGUGGGGUGACUGGGGCCUUCCUGCUGCAGGCCACCAGGGAGGGGCCCUGAAGAACCACAUGGUGCGUGGGUGGGGUGGUGGGCCAGGACACCCCUCUGAGUUUCCUGCUUCUCCUGGAGUCUGUCCUGACUUUUGCUACCCAUCUGUUGAGAACAUCCUUGAACUCUC